AUGGCGACGCACGUCCCUGGCCAUAAGCCUCCAAUGAAGUACGGUGAACCCCCCAAGCACUUCGCCGCCGAAAACCGUGUCCUGAUGAAUGGGGGUGGUCUGGGAGACGGCAUUGGUGACGACGAUUUAGGUGACGAUAUCGGUGGAUUGGGCGGAAUCGGUGGCGUUGGUGGAUUGGGCGGAAUCGGCGACGUCGGUGGGCUGGGCGGACUCGGAGGCGUCGGUGGGCUGGGUGGAGUCGGCGGCGUCGGUGGGCUGGGUGGAGUCGGUGGCGUAGGCGGCUAUCGCGCACUGCGUGGGCUUGAGGAUGAUCUGGAGGAUGACGCCAACGCAAUUAAUGAUAACGACGAGGUCGUCGUCGCUGGAAGAACGGUGGUCCGUGGUGGCGCUGUCGUUGCUCGACCGGGCCCUCGUCGCUGGUACUACUGA